AUGAAGGCGUGGGUAGUAGCCAGAAGGGGAGCGCCGCGGCACGCGCUGCAGCUCAAGACGGGCGUGGCGGUGCCGGCGGCGCCGACGACGGGCAGCGACCUGCUGGUCAAGGUGUCGCACGCGGCCAUCAACCCGGCCGAUGCGCACUUUAUCAACGUGCUGCCGACGUGGCUGCCGUUCCGCCGCGCGCCGACGCCCGGCAUGGACUUCGCCGGCGAGGUCGUCGCCGCGGGGCCCGCCGCGCCCCCCAAGCUCACCGCCCCCGGCACCCGCGUCGCCGGCGCUAUGGGCGUCGCCCAGGUCGCCUUCGGCAAGGGCUCGCUCGCCGAGUACGUCCUCGUCCCCGCGCACCUCGUCACCGCCGUGCCUGCCAAGCUCAGCGACGUCGAGGCUGCGGGCCUAUUCGGCAUUGCCGGCCAGACGGCGGAGAUCGUCACCGUCGCUGCCGCCGUCGGCCCUGGCAAGCGCGCCCUUGUCAACGGCGCCAGCGGCGGCGUCGGAUCCCUUGUCGUGCAGAUCCUCAAAGCGCAGGGCGCAGAGGUGUUUGGCGUGUGCUCGGGCGCGAACGCGGAAAUGGUGACGCGGCUGGGAGCCGACGAGGUAAUCGACUACCAGACCAACAGCCCUCUCGAGACGUUCCUCGCAGAAAAGUUCGCCGCCAAACCGCUCGACGUCAUCAUCGACUGCGCCGGCAGCCAGGCGCUGUUCAACCAGUCGCCCAAGUACCUGCAGCCCGCGGGCAGGUUCCUGACCAUUGUUGGUGGGAGAAGCCAGGGUGUAGUGCCCUUUGUCCAACACAAGCUGUUGCCCGUCCUGCUCGGCGGCACCCCCCGCCGCUUCGACAUCAUCGGCCUGUCUCCCGCCGGCGCCAUCGCCAAGCAGGUUGCGAAGCUGGUUAAGAGCGGGUCCAUCAAGGAGGCGCCCACCGAUUCUGUUUUUUCGUUUCAGGAGGUUGUCGAGGCAAUGGAGAAACUCGCGACGAAACGGGCCAAGGGGAAAAUCGUCAUCAAGGUUGCGGCGUAA